CUGCCGCCGCCUGGCAGAGCCGCCCGCGCCGCGCCAUGGAGCGGCCCCGGCUCCCGCUGCCUCGGCUCCCGCUGCCUCGGCUCCCGCUGCCUCGGCUCCCGCUGCCCCAGCUCCCUCUGCUCCGGCUCCCGCUGCCCCGGCUCCUGGCCGCCGCAGUGCUCGUGGAAUGCUGUGCGCGGCUCUGCCCCGCUCUGGGCAGCGGGACGGGCUCCACGCCGGGCACUGCCGACCCCUGCGCCCACCUGGGGACCGCGGCGGGGGAGCGCUGCCGGACAGAUCACCCAGAGCGAGGAGCUGGCACGGGGCAGGCGCCAACACCGGAGACCUUGGGGCAGCUGUGGACAGAGGCUGAGCUGCUGCCCUUCCCUGGGACUUCUGCCAGGACAGCCGAGCCCUCCGGCCCCCAGGGGAGCCCUAGAGGCCCCCAGACGGGCGGGGAGGGAACAGGGCCAGCAGUGUGGGGUGGAACAGCCACUGAGCACCCGGGGCCUCCCGCGUCUGCAGGCACCACCGAGCAGGCAGCUGCAGGAAGCGAGCUGGGGGUGACCAGUGCAGGAGCCCCCGCCCCUGUGCAGCCAAACACAGAUCCUGCCACCACGGACCCCCUCGGGACUGACCCUGUAGGACAUGUGACAGUGGAAGGUGUAAAGACCGUGCAGGAGACCCCUUUGCAUUCAUCGCCCUCCAUGGCAGUGCCGGGUUCUGCUGGGGGACAGAGGGGAUCCCCCAACACCCUGAUGGGAUGGAGGUCCAUAGGGACAGUCCUUGUGCAGAGCCAGAGGGGCUCACACAGCUCCUCGUCCCCCGAGCCGUGGGCUGGGGAGGGCCCGGGUGCCACUGUCCCGCUGGGUAAUAGGAGCCCAGGGACCCACACAGCCACCACGCUGGCCACUGACAGCCCAGUGCUGGGGACAACAGGGAUGUCACCCUUUGGAGAGGGGUUGCAGAGGCUGCUGACUCCCACAGGGGCACUGUGGGGGACACACCAGGGGCUGCCGGGGCCAGGGCUGGCAGGAGGACAGGGCUCUGCCUCCCACCCAUGGCAGGGUCCCCACUCUGCCCCUCGCCUCUCUGCGCUGUCCCUGGGGGCUGCUGGCCAUGAGGGGCCUGCGGCCAGCACAGCCUGGCCAGCCAUGGGCACAGACCCAGCCUCACUGCCUGCCACAGGCAGGGGGUCGGGUCUGCCUGUCCCCACCACCACAGCUGGCACCCCAGGGCUCACUUCCUCUGUCCCAGGGGGAGUCCUGGACCCAACCACAGGAGUCUUGGAGCCACCUGACAGGGGGGGUUCCCCUGAGCAAAGUCACAUCCCUCUGAACCCACCAGCUGUGCCUGGGCAGUCCCCAGCCCCUCUGGCCCCCAGCAGCAGUGCUGUGGUGCAGAGCAGGGUGACUCAUGCCAGUCCUGGGUCCCCCCAUGUCCCCCUGUCCCCACAGCCCGCCCCAGCCAGUGGGGCGGUGACCCUUCUGCCAACCCUGCUGUCUUCCCCAAGGACUGGCUGGGGGGUCCUGGGGCUUGCCCCUGCUGUGGGCACCUCCCCAGGAGACCCUUCCUCAGGGCUUCCCCACACUGACUCAAGGGUGAGUCUUGCUGAAAGCCCUCAAAUCCAGGAGGGGACCCGGGUGGGAGUGGGCAGCCUGGCCCCUCCCUCAGCCCCUGGGCCCCCCCAGCAGCCACCUUCAUCCCAGCCUGCAUCUUCCCUGGGACCGACCACCGCUACUGGCAUCACUGCCACCGCUGUGGCCGCCACCAUCACAGCCACCACCAUCACAGCCACCACCAUCACAGCCACCACCGUCAGCCCAGAGCUGCCCAGGGAUGUGGGGACGGUCACACCAGAGCCUGGUGCUGCUGUACUGCAGAGGGAUGUGGCAGGGCUGACGUGGGGGCCCCCAACUCAUGUGCCCACUGUGAUGCCCAGGGCCCCCCAGCAGCCCACCGAUCCCGAUGGGACCCUGGGCCAUCAUGGGGGCCCCAGGUCCCCUCCAGCUGUGGAGGACACAGACCUGGCCCAGCCAUCGAGCAGCCCUGUAGGGCAGCCGGACACUGAUGCCCCCCGAUUGAUGCCAGCUGGGGCGGGCAGGGCCCCGCAGGUGUUCAUUGUGGAAGAUCAGCCCCCGCUCCUGAGAGCAUCCCUCCUGCGUGUCCCCUGCGAGCUGGUGCUGGACAUGGGGUUCGUCCCAGCCCUGCAGGACCCCGGGUCCCACGAGCACCAGGAGCUGCUGCAUAGCUUCAACCAGACGGUCACUCCCCUCUUCACAUCGGUGCCUGGGUUCCUGCGGCUGGAGGUGACGGGGAUCAGGGAGGGCAGUGUGGUGCUGCAGUACGACGCGCUGUUCGCGGGGGAGCAGGUGCCAGUGCUGGGGCUGGACACGCUCCUCGAGGCCACGCUGGGCUCCGGUGGCACCCGGCCAGGGCUGGUGGUGGGAACAGCCCCCGUCCUGCGCCACGAGGCUCUGGUGCGGACACUGGACCCCUGCACUGUGUUCUUUGCCUGCCCGACCGGCUUUGCCUGCGUGUCUGGGGCGGAUGGGAACGUGACCUGUACCUCCCUCUGCCACCGCGACUACUGCAAGAACCAGGGCAUCUGCACCCACCCGCGGGACCGCCAGCCCCUCUGCCAGUGCCCCGUGGGCAGCGAUUUCUGGUUCAUGGGUCUGCGCUGUGACUACCGGGUGACCCAGCAGAGCCUGCUGGGUGCAGCAGCCGGGAUCCUGCUCAGCAUCGUCCUCCUGGGUGCCGUCCUCGCCACUCUCGCCGUCCGCCGCUUCAAGGCCCUGCUGCUGGAGGCCAGGGCUGACCAGACCCGCAGCAGCUACCGGCGGUUCUGCCGCCUGGACGAUGUCUCGGCCCAGUACUGGUCUCGCUCGGGGCUGCCCUCGGCCAGCUCCCUGGACAACCCCGCCUUCAGCAACUCAGAGGAGCUGCUGCACCUCCAGAUCCUGGACAACGGCUUCUGCAGCUGCCAGGAGGACUCCGGUGUCCCCGACGGUGCCAAGUGUGCCCGCCCGCCGUACCGGCCCAGCUUCCAUUACGACUGGGACACCAGUUCCAGCAGCAUGAAUGACCCCAUGGUGGACUCGGGCAAAGCCAGUGAUAUCUCUGUGUCCAGCUGGCCCAUGGAGCCCAUGCAGUGGGCUCCAUUCCCUCUCCUCCACCAGCUUUCCAGGCAGCGACCGCACAAGGCCCGUCGGCCACACUCGUUCUGCGAGGGGCUGGAGCUGGGCACCCUGGAGCGGAGCUGGACGGCCUGAGGCCACGGACAACAGAUGGGCAACAAGGUUCAGCUUUAAAACCAACCACAUUUUAUUUCCACGUAACGAGCUCAGUGAAGGAAUUCCACACACUUGGACAAUACAAUCAACGCGGGUGUGAUGUCAGUGAUGUCAGUCCCUGUGUGGCAGAGGCCCAGCGAGCCCCUGCCCGCGGGUUCCUGUUCGGACCCAGCCUUGGAAGCUCUGGCUGGGACUGCGGACUCCAGAGCAAGCGGAUACAGAGAAGUGUCAGGACACACAGUGCUGGCAUCCACCAGGUCAUGACUUACGGGGGCAGUCUGGGAAGAAAGGCUGACAGCGUCCGGAGGGCACGUCACACCAUGGACACACGGGCUCUGCCCUACGGCCACCGCAGGACAAGCUCAGCCAUGCGGAAGGGAGACACAAGAAAGCGCUGCUGCGUCGUUCAUCAUGAUUCAUGUCAAUGAGGUAUAAACACCAGGAUGUUGUAAGCAUUAAAGUUUAUUUUCCAAAAUGCUCUCCUUA